ACAAUGAGGAUUAAAGGCUGUUUUCUUAUUUUCCAGGCUGCUACACAGUGUAGCUCGGACGCUGUGAGUUUCAAGGAUCUGGUGAAAGGGAGAGAGUGGACAAUGAAAAUGGACAUGGAGGAUGCUGAUAUGACCCAGUGGACGGAAGCCGAUUUUGAAGAGAAAUGCACCUACAUUGUAAAAGAUCACCCGUGGGAUCCCAGCGCCGAUGGAGGCACCCUAACUCAGGCAGAGGCUUCCUUGCCAAGGAACUUGACUUUCAAAUACGCAUCUAACUGCAAAGAGGUCACUGGAGUGAUAAGCAAAGAGUAUAUCCCAAAAGGAACACGCUUUGGACCCCUGGUAGGAGAGAUCUAUACCAGCGAUACGGUUCCCAAGAAUGCGAACAGAAAAUACUUUUGGCGGAUCUAUUCCAAUGGUGAGCUUCACCACUUCAUUGAUGGAUUUAAUGAGGACAAGAGCAACUGGAUGCGUUAUGUAAACCCAGGCUACUCUGUCCAGGAGCAGAACUUGGCUGCUUGUCAGAAUGGAAUGAACAUCUACUUCUACACCAUCAAGCCCAUCCCUGCCAACCAGGAGCUGCUCGUGUGGUAUUGUCGGGACUUUGCAGAGAGGCUCCACUACCCCUCUUCCAGAGAGCUGACGAUGAUGAACCUCACACAAACCCAUGUUAAUCCAAAGCAGCACAGUGCUGAUAAAGAUGAGCUCUGUCAGAAAAGCAUCCCAAAGAAGGAGCACAGUGUGAAAGAAAUCCUGAAAAUGGAAUCCAACCCUCCGAAAGGAAAAGACUUCUUCCAGACCAACAUUUCACCAGUUGCUCCAGAAAAAGACUUGGAUGAUUUGCGCAGGAACUAUAGCCCUGAGAGGUGUUUCUUCCCUCGAGUUGUCUAUCCUAUCCGACCUCACGUUCCUGAAGACUAUCUGAAAGCUUCCUUAGCGUAUGGGAUGGACAGACCCAGCUACAUUACUCACUCACCCAUCCAGUCAUCUACUACACCGAGUCCUUCUGGGAGGAGCAGCCCAGACCAAAGUUUAAAAAGUUCAAGCCCUCACAGCAGUCCAGGGGUCACAGUUUCACCUCUGGCACCUACUUCCCAAGAGCACAGAGAGUCAUACUCUUACGUGAAUGGCUCAUACGGCUCAGAAGGAUUGGGGUCUUAUCCUGGAUACGCACCCCCCAGCCAUCUCCCGUCUGCCUUUCUCCCAUCCUAUAACCCCCACUACCCCAAAUUCCUGUUACCUCCGUUCAAUAUGAGCUGUAAUAACCUGAGCGCUUUGAACAAUAUCAAUGGCAUCAACAAUUUCAGUCUCUUCCCAAGGAUGUAUCCUCUUUAUGGCAACCUGCUCAGUGGAGGUAGUCUUUCCCACCACAUGUUGAAUCCAGCCACGCUCCCCAGUUCAUUGCCCAGCGAAGGAGGCCGUCGACUGCUGCAGCCUGAUCAUCCAAGAGACUUCCUCAUACCAGCACCUAACAGUGCCUUCUCUAUCACGGGCGCUGCUGCCAGCAUGAAGGACAAGCCAUGCAGCCCCACCAGCGGGUCGCCCACCGCUGGUACAGCAGCCAGUUCAGAACACAUAAUGCAACCUAAACCUACCUCAGUGGUGUUGGCUGCCACCGGCGGGAGAAGCCCUGAAAUUUUUUAAAAAGAUGAAGAAGCCAUGAAUCUUAUUAAAAGUAAGAGGAAUGUGACCGGUUACAAAACCCUUCCAUACCCACUGAAGAAGCAGAACGGGAAGAUCAAGUAUGAAUGCAAUGUCUGCUCCAAGACCUUUGGCCAGCUCUCCAAUCUGAAGGUCCACCUCCGAGUACACAGCGGAGAGAGACCGUUUAAAUGCCAGACUUGCAAUAAAGGCUUCACACAGCUGGCGCACCUCCAGAAGCACUAUCUGGUACACACAGGAGAAAAACCCCACGAGUGUCAGGUUUGUCACAAGCGAUUCAGCAGCACCAGCAAUCUCAAAACCCACCUGCGGCUCCACUCUGGAGAGAAGCCUUACCAGUGCAAGCUGUGCCCAGCCAAAUUCACCCAGUUUGUGCACCUGAAGCUGCACAAGCGUCUUCACACCCGUGAACAUCCACAUAAAUGCAUCCACUGCCACAAGAGCUACAUUCACCUCUGCAGCCUCCAGGUCCAUCUGAAGGGCAACUGCCCUGUAGCUCCUGCCUCCGGCCUCUCCAUGGAGAACCUGAAUCGAAUCAACGAAGAGAUAGAAAAGUUUGACGUCAGUGACAAUGCCGACAAGCUGGAAGAAAUGGAGGACAAUAUCGACUUAACAUCGAUCGUGGAGAAGGAUAUACUGACCAUGCUCAGAAGGGAAAUGGAAGGCGCUAAUCUGAAAGUAUCUUUACAGAGGAACCUGGGAAAUGGACUUAUCUCCUCAGGAUGCAACCUUUACGAGUCUUCAGAUAUGUCAAUUAUGAAGUUGCCUCACGGUCACCCACUACCUCUGUUACCUGUAAAGGUCAAGCAAGAAACAGUUGAACCAAUGGACCCUUAAGACUUUUUGGCAAAGUGAUUUUUUUUUUUUUAUUUAUGACUUGGCAAGUCAGGGUGCCUGUAGCAGUUGCUUGUACAUAGUUUCAAUGCUGCAAAGCAAUCUUGGCUUACAGUAGUUUCCCUACGUUCUCCAACUGAAAGACGGAACUCCAAAGUUACUGUUUUCUCAGGGCAUAAAAAGAGGCAAAGGACUGUGCAUUGCCUCGCCAGUUAAUAAAAGACAAUCAUCAUCUAUCCAUAAUUAUUUUUUCAAUGAUAGUACUUCAUAAUUUAUUAUGCAAUUUAUCAUUCUAAAAGCAAUAAUUAGAAAAAUGUUUACAAUGACUGGAAAAUUCAUUGUAAUUUUUACUCUAAAUGUUUUUAUUUUUUUGUUUUAUGGCCAUUCUUUGUAGAUACUUUUUUCUGCACAUCUGUUUUAAAAACCUAAGAUUAGGGUUUUAGUAAAUGUGUUUUAUGUACCAAUGUCUUUUAAACAAAUGUGGGUUUUUGUAUUGCCAAAGUUGGACAUUUGACAUACAGAAUCCUAGAUCAGUUGGUUUGAAAAACAUGCUGUGUACUCUUAUGUGCAAAUCACCCCAUUGCGAAUUAAAAUGGAGAAAGAAAAAAAAAAAAAGGCAGUAGCAGCAAGCAGAGAAGAAACUAGUACCCCUGGCUCUCCGGGGACAGGAGAGAGAUUCUUCUACCUGCAGCUGUACCCAGAACAGAUGGGGCGCAGCAAACGCCUACUUGCCAUGGACAAAAUACAUUAGGUUUUUAGAAGACAGCUAUAGCCCCACACGUUGUCAUGUAACUCUAUGACCAAAGGAAUGCAUCUGCUUGAAGUGGCUCUUCCAAAAAAAUAAUCAUUUAAAUUCUUUUAUUUCCAAAAGCAGUCUAAAAACAAACACGCAAAUAUUUUUAAUAUUCUCUUAAAAGAAGUUUUUUGGCAGACUUUUUUUCUUCCCCUCCCCUCCCCCUC